ACCUUACCCAAGCUACCUGUACCAAAACUACAAAGCUCCUUAGACAAAUAUUUGUCUUUACUGAAAACAGUUCUGAAUCCUCAACAAUACAGCAAAACAAAGUUUCUAGUUGACGAAUUCUGUAAAAAUGGUGGACUUGGAGAGAAAUUACAACAAUAUGUUUUGAAACAACACGACAGAAAAGAUAACUGGAGCUAUGAAUGGUGGAUGGAGGAUAUGUAUUUAUUUAAUAAAGUGGGUUUACCAAUAAAUUCCAAUCCCGGUGGCCUUUUCCCACAACAAGUGUUCAAAAACCAGACAGAUCAUUUAGGAUAUUCUGCAAGGUUGCUGUGUGGUUUCUUACAUUAUAAAUCAAUCAUAGACAAUGGCCUAUUAAAACCGGAGAGAGCUAGUCACAGUGAAAAGGGUCAACUAUUAUGUAUGGACCAAUGGUACAGAUUUUUAAACUGUUACAGACGACCCAGUGUAGAGAAGGACGAAUCGUUAACAGAUAUAUGCCCUCCAUCUGAAGGAAAUAACAUCAUCGUUUUAUACCGUAAUGCUUUUUUCAAGUUACACUGUGGCGACUUUGGAACAGUGCCGCGAAUCUCAAACGUAGUGGAUAGACUAGUGGAUAUAGUUAAUAUUAUGGACAACAGAUCAGAGGAGGCGCCGCCAGUUGGUGUAUUAACCACGACAGAAAGGUCACAAUGGGCUACUGCAAGAUCCAGGUUAUUAGAAGAUCCAGUAAACAAAGCAAAUAUAAAACAUCUAGAAUCGGCUUGUUUUGUGUUGUGUUUGGAUAAGCGAACAGUUCCGUCCCAUGAUGAAGACGACGAACUUCAUGUCAUCACCUGUUUAGAACAUUUACUACAUGGUCAAGGGAGUCAUGUCAACACUGGAAACCGAUGGUUCGACUCCUGCUUUCAGUUAAUUGUAACAGAGAAUGGUGUCAGUGGUUUUAACUAUGAACAUUCUGUAUGUGAAGGAAUGCCAGUUAUAGAUUUCUGUGAACAUGCUUUAAUUUAUGAAGAAAGUUUAGAUAACGUGACGUCACGAGAAAACGUGAAAUUAGGUAAACCAAUUGAAUUGAGGUGGAAUGUGUCUACAGAAACUCUUGAUGAUAUCCAAGUAGCCUCGCAACAAAUUGAUGGGUUGAUAUCAGACCUUCAUCUGUCAGUUUUAGAUAUCGAUACAUUUGGGCGAGAAUUUCCCAAAUCUUAUGGAAUGAGUCCAGAUUCAUUUAUACAACUUGCUUUACAGUUAACAUAUUACAAAAUACAUGGAACAUUAUCUUCUACGUAUGAAAGUGCAUCGGUGCGUCGUUUUCGGUACGGCCGUGUAGAUAAUAUUAGAGCUAACUCACAAUCUGCUUUACAAUUUGUUAGGGCUAUGGUGGGUGAAUGGGAUACCACAGUAAAUAGGUACGCCUUAAUGAAAGAUGCAAUUCUUUCCCAAUCUAAUUAUAUGAAGGAUGCAAUACAAGGUUAUGGUAUUGACCUCCAUAUACUGGGACUACGAGAAUCAGCGAAAGAAUUAGAUAUUCCUGUGCCAUCUUUAUUUACUGAUGAUGGUUACAAGACAUUUAAUUAUUUUAAGCUGUCCACAAGUCAGGUAGCAACAAGGAAUAUGAUAGGUGUUUGCUAUGGUGCUGUUGUUCCAGAUGGGUAUGGUGUGUGUUACAACCCAAAACCAAAUUCAUUUUAUGCAGUAGUGACUUCAUUCAGACGUUGUCCUGACACAGAUUCUGCCAUGUUUGCGAACAGCAUGGAGGCAAGUUUGCUGCAGAUGCAAGGCUUGUGUGAACGCUGUAGAACUCUUAUAGACACUUCAAGCUGA